AUGGUGUCUCCAGCGAUUGCCCUGGCUUUCCUCCCCUUCAUUGUGACCCUGCUGAUCCGGUACCGGCACUACCUGGUGCUGCUGUACCGGGCAGUGCUGGUAGCCUGGCUGCGGGACCGGCUCACCGGCACCUCGCGGGAGCAGCGUGCCUUCCAGUACGUGCUGGCCCACGCCAUCCCUGGGGACCCCCACCACAUCCUCCAGACCUUCGAUCAGUGGUGCUACCACUGUGAGCACCUCAGCUGCGCACAUGCCACGCCAGGGCGGAUCGUGGAGCGGGUGCUGCUGGAGCGGGCCCCGCUGCGGGUGCUGGAGCUGGGCACGUACUGUGGCUAUGGCACCGUGCUGCUGGCACAGGGGCUGCCCCCAGGCGCCCGCCUCUACACCAUCGAGGGCGACCCCCGACACGCGGCCGUGGCCGAGAAGGUGAUCCGCCUGGCUGGCUUCAGCGAGGAGACGGUGGAGCUGAUCGUGGGCCCCUCGGAGGAGGUGAUACCCCGCCUGCGGGAGAAGCACGGCCUGGUGAACGCCAACUUCGUCUUCAUGGAUCACUGGAAGCGCAGCUACCUGCGGGAUCUACGGCUGCUGGAGAGCCACCAGCUGCUGGCUGAGGGGGCCACCAUCCUGGCUGAUAAUGUCCUCUUCCCUGGGGCACCCCACUUCCUGCAGUACGCCAAGACCUGCGGCAAAUACCACUGCAGGGUGCACCGCGCCAGCCUGGAGUACUUCUGCGCCAUUCCCGACGGGAUCGCCGAGCUCCGCUACACCGGCACCCACUGA